AUGGGGAACUCGCUCUCCGCCACCACCCAGGCCGAGAUCAUGCCCGUCGAGGCGUACGUGGCCGACAUUGUCGAGCCGGGCUCGGAUAUUGAGAGCCUCGGAAGCACCAGAUUUAUGAAAGUGGCACGAGGGCGGACGUCUGAAGGGCUACGGGUUCUAAAAGUGUUCGUCUUCCCUGCCAACCUCGACCUGUCGAUGCUCGACGUUGAUUGCGCCGCGAUUAUAUCAAUCAAAGAAAGAUUGGCCGAUGCGGCGAAUUGCUGCGCUUUUCAGCGGGUCUUGAAACGGAAUCGUUACGCCGUCGGAAUCCGUCAUUUUCAUCGAUAUUCCUUGUUCGAUCGGCUCUCGACGCGGCCGUUCGUCGUCGAAACCGAGCGAUUGUGGUAUAUGUAUCAGCUUUUCAAGGCCCUCGUCCAAUGUGAGGAGCGCAACGUGUGCCACGGCGACAUCAAAAGUCAGAACAUCCUGCUCUCGUCCUCGAACUGGCUUCAGCUGGCUGAUUUCGCCUCGUUUAAGCCGACGUAUUUGCCACUGGACAACCCUUCAAACUACACAUACUUCUUCGACACGUCCAGACGGCAAACGUGUUGUAUGGCGCCUGAGCGGCUGAUGAGCCCGGUCUCACCAGCUCUCCGGCCGCUGCUCCGAAUUCUGCUCGCCCAGCAGCCAAGUCUCCGCCCAUCUGCGCAAAUUAUCCUCGCCGAAUUCUCGCAUCUGUUUCCGUCGAUUUUUGGCGACUUCAUCUACAACUAUCUCAAUAUUUUCAGGCAAAAAGAGGUGCACGCAGCGACGGUAGAGACGGAAGCGUCGGUUCGCGGCCGCGCCAUCCACUCCAUCACGCAACUCCUCGCCGCCGUCGAACCGCAAACCCACGAGGAGGCCGCCACAUUUAUGGAAUAUCUACUGCCAAAAUAUGACGCCAUCGCCAACGAAACGCGCACCGAUUCAAUGGCCCACAUGGCGCUGGCCGUCUGCUUGGGCAGAAUUGCUGAGACGGCGCAUCGGUACAUGAUCGCGUCGCGUUCACUCCAAAGUACGGCUGUCGACGACGAGGUGUCCGGCGCUGAGCCGGCCAAUGAAGGCACCCGCCACGAGAAGGAGGCCACCGCCCUGUUCAAGGCCAUCUCAGGCAUUUUUGUGCACCUGUGCGCCCGGGGGAACGAGAUCAAGCAGUGUCUCGUCGACCGGGAAUCGCUUCAGAAGCUUCACCGAUUCGCCGUGGCCGUUCAGGGUGCCGAUCAGGGCUUUCCCCUCGACCACAUGGUCACUUUUUUCAACAUCAGGGAGGAUUGGCGGCUCCGCGCUGUCUUCUUCGACUCCUUGCCGCAUUGUGUGUUCAACAAGAAAAACGUCGAGGCCUUGCGCUCGCUUUUUGAGCAGGGCAUCAUCGAGUUCGAGGAGAUGGUCGUCGUCAAGGCGAUCAACUGCAUCGUCCACCUCACCCGGGUCGAUCUGCUGGAGAAGGAGACCGUCAACGAGCUCUUCCCACGACUCGCCCCGUUUUUGGCGCAUCCGAACGAUUGGAUUCGCGCUGGCGUCGUCGACCUGAUCGUGGUGCUGAACACAAAGCUGACACUGCCCGAGAUGCAUUGGCGCGUUGUGCCCAAAAUCGAGGAGUAUUUGACCCGGAAAUUAGUCAAGCUGAACAAUAAGAAAGCCAUCCUGAGCCACCUGAAAGAGCCGAUACCACGUCAGGUGUGGGCGCAGAUCAUGGAUUUUGACGAGAACCGGAUGAAGCUGUUUUGCGAGACGCUUGAAACGAUGAGCCUCCAGAAAAUCGUGGGCCCGCCAAAAACUGCACGACUCGAGGGCGGCAUCCGAAGAAUUGUCGACAGCCUGGCCGACAAUGAGACGCGCCUCAAAUUCCUCGCCAACUUCCGCUCCAUCUUCCCGAAGCUGGCCGAGUCGAAGGCGGCCUCUUCCAUGCAAACGACAGUCACCCACAACAAUGGCGUCGUCGACCUGACUUCGGAUGCGUUCACGAGGGUGGCCAAGUACGAGCAUGUGCUCGGCGACAAUAGUCAAGUCAUCGUGGAUCCGAAGCGCAGUGAACUGCUCCAUCCUGAUGCCGCCCAGAUGUCGACGUCGAAUUCACAAAUUAUGCGUACCUCCGCAUGCGGUGCGGCCCUUCGCGAGCUGCUGGUGCACAAAAACGACGAGUUCCGCAAGACUACGGGUCGGCCGAGACCGGGGCUAAAUGCUCGUGAAUGGCACACAGCGCCGAAUCAGGGGAAACAAGUGGCGCAUCUCCACGAGCACACGGCGAGAGUGACUGCGCUCAGCCUCAACCCUGCCGGCGAUCGAUUUGCAUCUACAUCGGCUGACGGCACCAUUAAGAUCUGGAAUGUCGACAAAUACAGCGGCACUGGACCGGUGGCUCCGAAAAGCGAGGGAACUUGUGUGUAUAGUAAAGCUCACGCAAUCACCGACGCCGGUUGGGCUUGUGACGGUCAGCUGCUCUGUUUUGCCACCUGCGAGCCGGAAAACGACCGGUCUCAAGGAAGACUUUUCUGGGCUGACGUCUCCGGCGGCUCUGUGAUCAAGGUUUCCGGAAAGGUAGAUUUCGACUCGACGGUCGGCGCGCCAUCCCAAAUCUUUGCCCAGGGCCAGCUGGCCCACGUCCGAACCCAUCACGGCUACUUUUUCCUGUUCGACUACAGACUGCCGAAGGAAUCCUCGCUCGGCCGGCACGUCGUUUGGCGCCGCCAGUUUUCGGCUAAUCACGGAUUGGCGACCUCAUUUGCCGUCGACCCGGCGAGAGAGAAUUGGAUGGUGGUGUCGGGCACGAAUUCGGUGUUGUCGUUGUGGGAUUUGAGAUACCCCCUCGAGGUUGCUUCUUUCCCCACCCAGGAGAAGAAGAUUGCCCUAGGGCUGUGGGCGAUGCCGGAACGGAUGCGGAGAGAGACAAAUUCUGCCAAUAGCACCGAGGUCUUCGCCGCGUACGUCGGCCGCUCUUGCGUCGACUCGUACGAAAUUCACAGCGGAACGAGAAAACGCGUACUUUGGCCUUCACUAAAAGAGGUGCACAACUACGAAUCCGGAGGCCGUGAUUUGGAUGACGAUCGCCUGGCGCUGACCACCGCGAUGACGUUCGCCUCCGGGUCUGGAUUCGUGUACUCUGGGGAUAGUUUGGGAGCGUUGAGAAGGUGGAAUCUGAGCAACGCUUCCGGCUGCGAAUACCUGAGUGGCCCGUAUCGACCGUCCGGCGAAUUUGUUCGACAACGGAUCGCGUAUGAUAGCAAAAUCGUCGGCGAGGAGGAACGGUACUUCGAAAAAGCGCUUCCCGUCGAUCGCCAGUCCAUCGACCGAGUCCACUCGCCGCUGGAUACAAAGGUGACGCUCUCCCACCGAACCUCGAUCACCACCCUCUGCACACUGCCGCACAAUUUGCUCGCUUCCGCCGACCACGACGGCAUUAUCAAGAUUUGGAAA